UCCAGUCCAGAAGCAGCUGUUAGCUGAAUCGGAUACCCACACAGUCUGGAGCAAGGCGCGCACACACACACACACACACACACACACAGAGACUCACUCACUCAUCACGCUGUGAACCCUGGAGCAGAGUGUUUAACCAAUUAAAGCCAGAUUUGCUGGGGGUCCAGACACCCUGCCAUGGACCUUCUCUCUCUGCAGCUCGCCUUGUUCCUGAUCUUAUCCCCACUGGCAAUUGCAAUACAUCCGUACUGUGAGAUCUUUCAACGAAUCGAAGACAGUAAUGCUAGCUGUAUACGGCUCAAUGUGAACCAAUCGAGAGAAUUAAACGACACCGCUGCCCACUCACCUGGUUGCCUUUGGGAAUGGAGGGCUUUUAUUUGCUGGCCUUCAGCUGCCGUUGGGGAAAUGGUCAGCAGGCCCUGCCCCAGCUUUUGGGACCCUCCUUUAGCGAAGAGAAAUUUCACAGGGGUGGUAUACCGCAAUUGUACAGAACAUGGGUGGAGCAAAUUGAUUUCGGACGUCAACGAGACUUGUGAACUUCUGAGAAAAAAUUCCAGCAAACCUAAUGACAACCUGAUGUCUUAUUAUUUCAACAUUAAAAAUGGGUACACAGCAGGCUAUAUGACAUCUAUGAUUGCCUUGGUAACCGCUAUCAUCAUAUUCACAGCUUUCAGGAAGUUUCACUGCACUCGCAAUUACAUCCACCUGAAUCUCUUUAUGUCCUUCAUCCUCCGUGCUACUUCAGUCUUGACCAAAGACGCCAUCUUGUUCUCCAGCAGCUCCAUAAACCAUUGUUUCAUCUCAACGGUGACGUGUAAAGCUGCUAUCACAUUCUUGCAUUACUGCAUCCUGACCAACUUCUCGUGGCUCCUGGUGGAAGGGCUGUACCUCCAAACGCUGCUAAGCCUAACUUUUGUAUCAAACAAAAAAUACUUCUGGUCAUACUGUUUAAUUGGCUGGGGAGCCCCAACCAUUUUAGUUGUGAUCUGGAUCGUUGUGAAGCUGAACAUGGAAAAUAUAGGAUGUUGGGAUGGCAAUGAAAACAAAUACAUCUGGUGGAUUAUAAGAGGCGCCAUUCUCCUCGCAGUCCUGAUCAACUUCCUGAUAUUCCUGAACAUCAUCCGUAUUCUUGUGCAGAAACUGAGAUCACCUGAUGUCGGAGGAAACUCUUCCACCCAUUUUGUAAGACUGACAAAAUCAACUUUACUCCUGAUCCCACUCUUCGGCGUCCAUUAUAUAGUGUGCGCGUGUUUGCCCGAUAACGUUGCAGAGGAUCUGAGAAUCUUAAUCGAACUUGGCAUCGGAUCUUUUCAGGGCUUUAUUGUGGCUUUACUGUACUGUUUCCUGAAUGGAGAGGUUCUGGCGGAGCUCAGGAAGUGUUUGAGAGGGCGAUGGCCCAAGAGGGAUCUUCCCUUCAAGACGAGACACAAAGGGAACCUGUCGACAGAGAGCAGUGGGACAGCCGACACCACACAGAUCUCUUUGAUGGACAAGUUAAGUCCAAAACGGAGGAGGUCAGACAGAGAAAGCAGCUUCCAGCAAAUCUGACAAAAGGCCACACAUUUAAGAAGUCAUCUGUAAAUAAUGAUGGUGAAAUACUGCAUGUUACAUUGCUUCAUGUUAAGACACUUCGCUGCUUUAUCUCCUGCUGUAAAUCUUUCAAACUUCGGGGGACGGAGAGGUGGCCUGCACUUCAAGGGUGAGAAAGAGAUAUGGAGUUACUGACUGUCCAAAUGUCUUACACAUAGACCAACAAACAACUUCCGCUCUGGCGGUCCCACUCCAAAGACACACGCACCAAAUAUGGGUUCGCACUCUGUGCAGAGAUGGAGGAGUGCCGCACUGUCGGAGGGUCAGUGCUGAGGGAGUGCCGCACUGUCAGAGGGUCAGUACUGAGGGAGUGCCGCACUGUUGGAGGGUCAGUACUGAGGGAGUGCUGCACUGUCGGAGGGUCAGUGCUGAGGGAGUGCGCACUGUCGGAGGGUCAGUACUGAGGCAGAGCCGCACUGUCGGAGGGUCAGUGCUGAGGGAGUGCCGCACUGUCAGAGGGUCAGUACUGAGGGAGUGCCGCACUGUUGGAGGGUCAGUACUGAGGGAGUGCUGCACUGUCGGAGGGUCAGUGCUGAGGGAGUGCGCACUGUCGGAGGGUCAGUACUGAGGCAGAGCCGCACUGUCGGAGGGUCAGUGCUGAGGGAGUGCGCACUGUCAGAGGGUCAGUGCUGAGGGAGAGCCACACUGUCGGAGGGUCAGUACUGAGGGAGAGCCGCACUGUCGGAGGGUCAGUGCUGAGGGAGUGCCGCACUGUUGGAGGGUCAGUACUGAGGAAGUGUCGGAGGGUAAGUGCUGAGGGACUGCUGCACUGUCGGAAGGUCAGAACUGAGGGAGUGUCAGAGGGUCAGUACUGAGGGAGUGCUGCACUGUCGGAGGGUCAGUGCUGAGGGAGUGCUGCACUGUCGGAGGGUCAGUGCUGAGGGAGUGCGCACUGUCGGAGGGUCAGUGCUGAGGGUGUGCCGCACUGUCAGAGGGUCAGUACUGAGGGAGUGCCGCACUGUCGGAGGGUCAGUACUGAGGAAGUGUCGGAGAGUACGUGCUAAGGGACUGCUGCACUGUCGGAGGGUCAGUGCUGAGGGAGUGCGCACUGUCGGAGGGUCAGUGCUGAGGGAGAGCCGCACUGUCGGAGGGUCAGUACUGAGGGAGAGCCGCACUGUCGGAGGGUCAGUGCUGAGGGAGUGCCGCACUGUUGGAGUGUCAGUACUGAGGAAGUGUCGGAGGGUAAGUGCUGAGGGACUGCUGCACUGUCGGAGGGUCAGAACUGAGGGAGUGUCGGAGGGUCAGUACUGAGGGAGUGUCGGAGGGUCAGUACUGAGGGAGUGCUGCACUGUCGGAGGGUCAAUGCUGAGGGAGUGCUGCACUGUCGAAGGGUCAGUGCUGAGGGAGUGCCGCACUGUCAGAGGGUCAGUGCUGAGGGAGUGCCGCACUAUCGGAGGGUCAGUGCUGAGGGAGUGCCGCGCUGUCGGAGGGUCAGUGCUGAGGGAGUGCCGCACUGUCAGGGGGUUCAGUGCUGAGGGAGUGCCACACUGUCAGAGUGUCAGUACUGAGGGAGUGCCGCACUGUCGGAGUGUCAGUACUGAGGGAGUGCCGCACUGUCAGACAGUCAGUGCUGAGGGAGUGCCGCACUGUCGGAGGGUCAGUACUAAGGGAGUGCCGCACUGUCGGAGGGUCAGUGUUGAGGGAGUGCCGCACUGUCAGGGGGUCAGUGCUGAGGGAGUGCCACACUGUCAGAGCGUCAGUGCUGAUGGAGUGCUGCACUGUCAGAGGGUCAGUGCUGAGGGAGUGCCGCACUGUCGGAGGGUCAGUACUAAGGGAGUGCCGCACUGUCGGAGGGUCAGUGUUGAGGGAGUGCCGCACUGUCAGGGGGUCAGUGCUGAGGGAGCGCGCACUGUCGGAGGGUCAGUGUUGAGGGAGUGCCGCACUGUCGGAGGGUCAGUACUGAGGGAGCACCGCACUGUCAGAGGGUCAGUACUGAGGGAGCGCCGCACUGUCGGAGGGUCAGUACUGAGGGAUUGCCGCACUG